UCAAACCAGGAAAUGGUCUAAAUGUCAGCGCUUACUACCGUUAGUCCCGGUUUGAAAACCUCAGUAGUCAGAAAACAUUAAUCCACCAAACCGGCGCGUCAGUUUGUUCAUCAAGCUCCACUUGAGUCUUGGCGGCUGCGCAGAUUCCCGUCCAUCCGAAGUGAACUUUGGCAGCGAGCAACAGCUGCCAGACACCGUCCAAGAGGCUUUUCCAGCGCUGAAACUCCAAAUUGAAACAGUUUACAGGGAUGGCUUCUAUAUGGCAUAGGAUCCUGUCCAUACACCAGAAUUUAGUAGAGGAUGGAGAUAAGAGGACGGACCCCUGGCUGCUGGUCUACUCGCCUGUGCCGGUGUUAAUCAUCUUCCUGCUGUACCUCGGCGUGGUCUGGGCCGGCCCACGCCUCAUGAAACACAGAGAACCAGUUGAUCUCAAACCGGUUCUCAUAGUUUACAACUUUGCCAUGGUCGGCCUUUCCGCAUAUAUGUUCCACGAGUUCCUGGUCACGUCUUGGCUCUCAAACUACAGCUUCCUCUGUCAGCCGGUAGAUUACAGCACCCGUCCACUGCCAAUGAGGAUGGCCAACGCGUGCUGGUGGUUUUUCUUCUCCAAGGUCAUAGAGCUCAGCGACACGCUCUUCUUCAUCAUGAGGAAGAAGAACAAUCAGCUGAGUUUCCUCCACGUUUACCAUCACGGCACCAUGAUCUUUAACUGGUGGGCAGGAGUCAAGUAUUUGGCUGGAGGACAGUCAUUCUUCAUCGGCGUGGUAAACACGUUUGUUCAUAUCAUCAUGUACUCAUACUACGGGCUGGCGGCGCUCGGCCCUCACAUGCAGAAGUACCUGUGGUGGAAGCGGUACCUGACGUCCCUGCAGCUGGUGCAGUUCGUGCUCUUCCUCCUGCACACAGGCUACAAUCUGUUCGCAGAGUGCGACUUCCCUGACUCUAUGAACUUGUUUGUGUUUUGUUACUGCGUCACGCUCAUCAUCCUCUUCAGUAACUUCUACUACCAGAGCUACGUCAGCAGGAAGAAACAGAAAUGAGGCGGCUUCACUCGAUGGAGUGUCACAUGGAAGGAUUUUAUACGUUUGUGAAAGUGUCCCCUGCACAAUUUGUUUAUGUCCACAAGGGGGCACAAAAUACUCAUAUAGUCUAACGGUUUUUUCUCUCAUGGUGCUGCUAAAUUAAUGCUCUGCAAUCAAACGCAUAACUUGUAUUUAAAAUUUGCAAUUUUUUUUUUGUAUUUUUUUUGUAAGUACCAAAUAAAAGCAGACACUGUGCAGACA